GGACAACGUCGUCGCCUUCAGUAGCACCACAGCAUGCUGGGGCCAUCAUCGUAGAUCUCUUCUGGUCUGGGUCUCUGUUCUACUGAGAAAUCGUCUGAUGGCCUUCUCCCCCCCCCCCCCGUUGUCUGCAUUCACUAGUGGAACAGAAAAGUGGAUAACCAAUGGGCUAAACAGAGAUGAGCAAACCCGAAGAAACGAAAAGUACAGUGGAACGAAAAGAGAGAGAGUGAGAGAAGGAGAGAGACACGAAGAGCAGGGAUUCGUAGUUGUUCGUCGUCUCCAAGUUGGUCUUUCGAACCUCUUCCACUCUUUCCACCUCACUCAUACCUCUGUCCAUAUUCCCUCUACCAGCUGUCUCUCUCUCCAAUACAACAAGCUUUUUCCCUCUCUCGAUAACCCCGAGUCACAGCAACAACUGCCGGUAGAGAGACGCCUCACGGGCACACACAAUCCAGAGGAGAUGUAAACUUGUCCGAACUUGCGCCUGUGCGCCGCAUGUUCCAUCCUAAACCGGGGAGAAGAGAUCACCGACUGAGAGGAGACAACGUACAGGAAAGAGAGGACAAAAAUUUUAAAGAACAGAGAAACAAGAAGAGAAAAAGAAAUAUAUAUAUAGAUAUGUCUAUAUAGAUAUAUUGGCAUUUAUAUAUAUAUACAUACAGCAUAUACAUAGAAGAGAAAAGAAGAACAGAAUAGAAUAGAACAGAACAAUUCUUAUUAUCAACGUUGAACUCUGGUGCAAGUGAAUGGUGAUGUAGUUUCAGUGUUGGGUAUAAAGUUAAAAAAAAAAAAGUUUAGGAGUUGCCGUGGAAAAGGGGGCGGAUGAGAAGAAUUUAUUCCAACAGAGUGAGGAUCAGCGAUCGUUGGAAAAUCGAUCUCAUGCACUUGUGUCACGCACAUGGAUCUGUCUACUGACGGACGUGGGGACAAGACGUCUGGCCAGUGUCCCGGACAAAUCGACUACCACCCGAUUUGAAACAAAGUAAAAGGGAAAAAAAAGGAAAAGACAGAAAGGAUAAAAAUAAAGAUAAAAGUACCAACUGGCCAAAAGCACCACUGGUACAUUCAGAAUGCGCCAGAGUUUCCUGUCUGGUGGCUCCAGAUGUGCCCGACGUGGUCUAGUAUUCGUAUUCAUUUGGGGCCUCGUAAUGAUUGGUGCACUGCAAUUUCGCCGAGUCGAGAAUGAGGUACUACAGGAGCAUGAUUCACCGACGAUGGACGAGGUCUAUCCGACGCCAGGUGUUUGGGAACAUUCACUGAAACAGGCGCCACCAUCACCACUAACGUCUGUACACCGUGAUACCCCUGGGAUAGGUGAAUUAUCGGUAUAUAACAGUGAGAAACGUACGCCAGUUGAUGUUGAUGGAUACAGUCCUAGCAUCGAUACAUACAAAAGACUGAAAAAAUUAACAGACAAGCGUCAACCAAUGCUUGACAAAAGACCACCAAAAACAGACGAUGAAAUCGUCAACGAGAUUGAGAAAAGACUUCCCAGUUUACCCCUGGCAUAUUGGAUGAAGAGCAGUGCCAUAAAGCCACCAAAUCAGGCUAAAUCAUCGGGCUGUGUUGCAAAAUUUCCGAGUAUAUUCGAUCUUGAAUUUAACAAUAUCUACUGGCAAACCCUGAAGACAUCAAACGGUACAUUUCAACUGUUUGGCGCUUACUACGACAAUCGUAAAUUAUCGAGAAUAGGUCCAGCAAUUAGACUGGUUGGUAUGAUAGACAGAAUUGAUCCAAAAGUUAAGACUUAUUGUCAGCUGUGGUACGAUGGUGAGAGAGAUGCAAAAAUUGUCGAUGUAUUCGAGUACAAGUACAUAUGGUAUUCAAAAUGGGGUAAUUAUAAGCAAGGUAUUUACCAGCCUUACGUGAUAGCAUGCAAAGUACCUCAGUCCCACUGGAGAAAGGGGCCACCAGCAUCAGUAUCCAUAGUGGAGAGAGCAUGCGAUACAGCAACGAAUAACUUGCGAGUAAUCUACAAUCGGCCACAAGUGAAAAAGGAAUUUGCUGUUUGCGUUAAGGGUCUUGAUUUUCUCCAUGAGGAUCUCUCCGUACGUUUAAUCGAGUGGAUCGAGUUAAUUGGUAUACUUGGUGCCGAUAAGAUAUACUUCUAUCAACUGCAGGUUCAUCCAAACGUGACCAAAGUCCUCGAUUAUUAUCAGAAAUUGGGUAGAAUCGAGGUUACACCAUUGACUCUGCCCGGGGGACAGCCAAAUGUACCAGCAUUUCAGCACAUGUAUCUCACCAAGAGGACCAAUCACAAGAGGCAGAAUGAACUGAUACCAUACAAUGAUUGUUUGUACAAACACAUGUAUGAGUAUGAUUACAUUGCUCUACUUGAUAUCGAUGAAGUUAUAAUGCCAGCCCAGGACACGACGUGGAAUCAACUCAUGAGACGAGUUUUACCCAAGGCUCUCGGUAUACGCAAUGAGACUCGUGCAUCGUACAACGUUAGAAAUGUCUACUUUCUCGAUGACCUUCUGCAUUCACAUGAAACCUUCGACCACGUGCCGAGGUACAUGCACAUGCUUCAGCACGUGUACAGAUCGAAGAAUUACACAAAACCAAAUCAGUACGUCAAGUGUUUUCACAAUCCAGAGCGGGUUGUAACGCUGCAUAAUCAUUUUCCAUUGGCCUGUCUCGGCUCUGGAUGCACCACCUAUGCGAUCGAUACAGAGGACGCCCAGUUGCAGCAUUAUCGUGCAGACUGCGUUAAAUCACUCAAGAAGACUUGUGUACAGUACCGUGAGAACAGUGUAUUGGAUACGAAAAUUUGGAGAUACAAGGAUGAACUUGUUGACCGUGUAACAAGAACCCUAGAGACACUUGGUUUUUUCGGUCCUGGUUGAGACUGUCAACAUUACAAUAUCAAAAUACAGCAUCAUCAAUGCACUUGGCUCAAUCGCUCCUCCUUGUUCCCCGGAAAUAUUUAAAUCGAUUUUUCCUGUUCCGUGGAAUGACGAGGGUGCAUUACCCACUUUUCAUGGUCAAUCUCGAUCGUUCUCUGUGGAAAUAAAACAAAAAAAUAUAUAUGUAUAUAAAUAAGCAACAGUCAUGCGUGAGAGAGGACAGGAGAUUAAAAAAAAAUCUAUGUGCAAAAUGAACGGUUGGAAAACAGUUAGACUCAAGCCAAGUACAGAACAGAGGGCGAUUCACAUUGUACCAUGAAUAGCUCUUUAUUGUAGGCCACACUGACUUGUGUGCAUUAUGACGUCUGCUAGCUUUUUGUUAGCAAAAUCUCAUACACAUUAACGUGUGCCAUUAGAAUCACUGAGUGAGGCCUACAUUGGGAUGCACUUGUGUACGUUUUUCAUUAUUACAUGUAUCACAUCAUAUUGUACAGUUGGAGUAUUUGUUUUAAUUGUUGUGUUCAAUUAUGGAUGAACGGUGAAUAAAGCCUCUGAAAUAUUUAUUUCCA